AUGACAAUAUCCGACUCGUUCUGGUCUUUUGCGCGACACGAUGCAUCAUGGACGUCAGUCGCGUCAUCUUCGAAGGCUGGAAGGAAAACGGCUGUGUUUACGCGACAAUACAUCGAGACGAUUGGCGGCGGUGCGAACAGGCAUGAAUUCAAGCAUCGCGUACGCGGAGAUGCUCGGCUUCCUGUGGAGCUCAUCGUGGACAUGGUGCUGUUGGCUGCGCACGAGGUUUGCCUGAAUGGCCAAGAUGAGCGUUCCAAGCGGCUCUUAGAGCUGGCGAGAGUCAGUAGAGCCUGUCAUCGCGCAGUGCUGUCCAUGUUCCUUCUGCCCCAGCUGUGUCUUUACGGGUUGCACCAGAUUCGCUCUUUCGCCGUAUCGCUUGAUCAGGAUCGCGUUGGAAUCCGAGCGUUGGCUCGAACGAGGGUGUAUAGCUUGACCGUGCGCGCAUGCAGCCAGCCCUGGAUGGAGCACGGCUACGGUCCCGCGCUGUUCGACGCCUCGCAAGCGCAGAUGCUGUUUGAAAAGGAUCUGCUUCCAUUCGUCCGCAUCAUUCUCUCGCAUUGCCACGCACUAGAGACUCUGCACUUGGAAGGCGUUCCACGCGGACUACAGCAAUGUUUUGCACAACUUCCCAAUAGGCUCAGAGCGUACAGCUGUUUGAUGGGGCAUUACGGUGGAGACCUGCAUCGCGACUUUUGGCUCGCGCAACGGUGGAGCAACUUGGAGCAUUUGCAGCUCCAUGGACCACGAUUUCGAUUCACGCCAAACACAGCCACUAUGCUGGCUUGCCUACCCAAGCUCAAGAAGCUCGGUCUGGUUGUUCCAAUGGUUGUCACUUCUGCAUCAUCUCUUCCGAUCGAGUCCGAGCUUGGCGCUCAGGCGGAGGCGGUCGAACUCGAUCUGUCAGGAAGCAUCAACCCGCUUCAGAUUCUUAUCGAUAGAUGCUCAACACUUGAAGCGGUAUUGCUGGUGGGACAUGCCGAGAAGGACUACGUCGGCUAUACGGAAAAGUAUCGGCACUGGCUUCGCAGCUUACGCCGACGACGACUGGCAGAUGCGAGCACUGCCAAGGUGCACUUGCAACUCAUCACCGCUCUUCGCCCAUCGAGCGUCGCUUCGGAUGAAGAGUUCAGUGCAGCUUCGAGGAGGAGGGUGCAUCCUUGUGAGGUGAGUGCAUGGAUCAUGGGACGUGCACAACGCGACUUGCAUUGGUUUGACGAUGAAGAGUGCGGCAAGCAAAGUAGAGCCAUGGAUGGCGAAUUGGAUUACUGGAAAGAAGCGUUCGAGCUGGCUGAGCACCCGUCGAGCUCGUCGUCGACAGCUGCCUCUACAGCUACCACGUCAGCACUCAUGAGCCGCACCGGCAGCAACACGCCCUCUUGGAUCGCCGCCGCUUCUCUCGCACAGCAGCAACACACAAGAGCGGUCGACGAGGCGAUCCACGCGGUCGAUAUGCUAUCGGACGACGAUCCACACGCGAGCUUGCAAGAAAUCGUUUGA